GACUACGGCGUGGCGUCCCUAACAACUAUACUGGACAUGGUCAAGGUGAUGUCUUUCGCCGUCCAGGAGGGAAAGAUGGCCGUGCAUUGUCACGCCGGCCUAGGGAGAACAGGUACAUCAAAUCUACCCAAUCAUAACAUCACACAACCUAUAAAGUCACAUGGCUGGGCAGAACAGGACAGGAACAUUAUAAGGGCUUGGGAGGACAGGUACAGGACAGGUACGUUAUAAUAGGCUGGGGAUGGCAGGUACAGGACAGGUACGUUAUAAUAGGCUGGGGAUGGCAGGUACAGGACAGGUACGUUAUAAUAGGCUGGGGAUGGCAGGUACAGGACAGGUACAGGACAGGUACGUUAUAAUAGGCUGGGGAUGGCAGGUACAGGACAGGUACAGGACAGGUACGUUAUAAUAGGCUGGGGAUGGCAGGUACAGGACAGGUACAUUAUAAUAGGCUGGGGAUGGCAGGUUGUGUAAACCAUCAUUUAAUCAAAUGGUUUAUUUUGUAGCUCUGAGUCUCUACUUUUAUCCAAUGUAAAAAACAUAAUUUCAAAUUUGGCUACAUAAGACCAAAUCAAUGCUGUCGGUCACAUUUGAUUAGUAGUAGAUUUGUUCUAAGCAUGUUACUACUAAUAAUUAGUGCCUUGCUCAAGGGCACAUUGGCAUAUUCUUCAUGUUGUUGGCUCUGGCAUUCGAACUAGUGACCUUUCGGUGACUGGCCCAACGCUCUUUACCGCUAGGCUAUCUGCCGCACUACGGCUACAAGCAUGUCCCUGGUUGAGUUCUAGGUGUGUUACUCUGUUUACCAGGUGUGUUACUGUGUUUACCAGGUGUGUUACUGUGUUUACCAGGUGUGUUACUGUGUUUACCAGGUGUGUUACUGUGUUUACCAGGUGUGUUACUGUGUUUACCAGGUGUGUAACUGUGUUUACCAGGUGUGUUACUGUGUUUACCAGGUGUGUUACUGUGUUUACCAGGUGUGUUGUGUACUGUGGUUUUACCGUUGUAUGUGUGGUUAACUGUGUUUACCAGGUGUGUUACUGUGUUUACCAGGUGUGUUAACUGUGUUUACCAGGUGUGUUACUGUGUUUACCAGGUGUGUUACUGUGUUUACCAGGUGUGUUACUGUGUUUACCAGGUGUGUAACUGUGUUUACCAGGUGUGUUACUGUGUUUACCAGGUGUGUUACUGUGUUUACCUGGUGUGUUACUGUGUUUACCGGUGUUGUACUUUUACCUGGUGUGUACUGUGUUUACCGGUGUGUUACUGUGUUUACCAGGUGUGUUACUGUGUUUACCUGGUGUGUUACUGUGUUUACCAGGUGUGUUACUGUGUUUACCAGGUGUGUUACUGUGUUUACCGGUGUGUUACCUGUGGUUUACCGGUGUGUACUGUGUUACCUGGUGUGUACUGGUACCAGGUGUUUACUGUGUUUACCAGGUGUGUACUGUUACUGUGUUUUUACCAGGUGUGUUACUGUGUUUACCAGGUGUGUUACUGUAUGUUACCAGGUGUGUUACUGUGUUUACCAGGUGUGUUAACUGUGUGUUACCAUGUGUUUGUGUGUGUUUACCAGGUGUACUGUGUUACCAGGUGUGUUACUGUUACCAUGGUGUUACUGUGUUUACCGGUGUGUUACUGUGUUUACCAGGUGUGUAAUGUGGUACCAGGUGUGUUACUGUGUUUACCAGGUGUUAUGUGUUUACCAGGUGUGUUUAUGGUACCAGGUGUGUUAACUGGUGUGUUACUGUGUUUACCAGGUGUUCUGUGUUUACCAGUGUGUUAUGGUGGUUACUGUGUUUACCAGGUGUUUCUGUGUUUACCUGGUGUGUUUCUGUGUUUACCAGGUGUUUCUGUGUUUACCAGGUGUGUAAAUGUGUUUACCAGGUGUGUUACUGUGUUUACCUGGCGUGUUACUGUGUUUACCAGGUGUGUAAAUGUGUUUACCAGGUGUGUAAAUGUGUUUACCAGGUGUGUUACUGUGUUUACCUGGCGUGUUACUGUGUUUACCUGGCGUGUUUCUAUGUUAACCAGGUGUGUUAAUGGUGUGUUACUGUGUUUACCAGGUGUUUCUGUGUUUACCAGGUGUGUAAAUGUGUUUACCAGGUGUGUUACUCUGUUUACCAGGUGUGUUACUGUGUUUACCAGGUGUUUCUGUGUUUACCAGGUGUGUAAAUGUGUUUACCAGGUGUGUAAAUGUGUUUACCAGGUGUGUUACUGUGUUUACCUGGCGUGUUACUUUGUUUACCUGGCGUGUUUCUAUGUUAACCAGGUGUGUUAAUGGUGUGUUACUGUGUUUACCAGGUGUUUCUGUGUUUACCAGUUGUGUAAAUGUGUUUACCACGUGUGUUACUGUGUUUACCAGGUGUGUUACUGUGAGACAUGCAAUUCAGGUGUUACUGCGUUUACCUGGUGUGUUACUGUGUUUACCAGGUGUGUAAAUGUGGGUACCAGGUGUGUUACUGUGUUUACCUGGCGUGUUAUUGUGUUUACCAGGUGUGUUUCUAUGGUAACCAGGUGUGUUAAUGGUGUGUUACUGUGUUUACCAGGUGUUUCUGUGUUUACCAGGUGUGUUAAUGGUGUGUUACUGUGUUUACCAGGUGUUUCUGUGUUUACCAGGUGUGUUUCUGUGUUUACCAGGUGUUUCUGUGUUUACCAGGUGUGUAAAUGUGUUUACCAGGUGUGUUACUGUGUUUACCAGGUGUGUUACUGUGUUUACCAGGUGUGUAAAUGUGUUUACCAGGUGUGUAAAUGUGUUUACCAGGUGUGUUACUGUGUUUACCUGGCGUGUUACUGUGUUUACCUGGCGUGUUUCUAUGUUAACCAGGUGUGUUAAUGGUGUGUUACUGUGUUUACCAGGUGUUUCUGUGUUUACCAGGUGUGUAAAUGUGUUUACCAGGUGUGUUACUCUGUUUACCAGGUGUGUUACUGUGUUUACCAGGUGUUUCUGUGUUUACCAGGUGUGUUACUGUGUUUACCAGGUGUGUUACUGUGAGACAUGCAAUUCAGGUGUUACUGUGUUUACCUGAUGUGUUACUGUGUUUAACAGGUGUUUAAAUGUGUUUACCAGGUGUGUAAAUGUGUUUACCAGGUGUGUUACUGUGUUUACCUGAUGUGUUACUGUGUUUACCAGGUGUGUAAAUGUGUUUACCAGGUGUGUAAAUGUGUUUACCAGGUGUGUUACUGUGUUUACCUGGCGUGUUACUGUGUUAACCAGGUGUGUUAAUGGUGUGUUACUGUGUUUACCAGGUGUUUCUGUGUUUAGCAGGUGUGUUACUCUGUUUACCAGGUGUUUCUGUGUUUACCAGGUGUGUUACUGGCGUGUUAUCUGGUGUUCACCUCUCGUAUGAGUGCGGACCAGGCCAUCCUGUUCGUCAGAGCCAAGCGGCCCAACUCCAUCCAGACCCGAGGCCAGCUGCUGUGUGUCCGGGAGUUCGCCCAGUUCCUGGUUCCGUUGAGGAACGUGUUCUCCUGCGCAGAACCCCGGGCCAACGCCGUUACGCUGUCCCAGUACCUGACUCGCCAGCGCCACCUGCUGCACGGGUACGAGGCGCGGCAGAUGAAGAACGUGCCAAAGAUCGUCCAGCUGAUCUGCAAGGUCCUCCUGGACAUCGCUGCCAACAGACAGGUAAUACAUUAUCAUGGUAUAGACAGGUAAGAAUACAUUAUCAUGGUAUAGACAGGUAAUAAUACAUUAUCAUGAUAUAGACAGGUAAUAAUACAUUAUCAUGGUAUUAUGGACAGGUAAUAAUACAUUAUCAUGGUAUAGACAGGUAAUAAUACAUUAUCAUGGUAUUAUGGACAGGUAAUAAUACAUUAUCAUGGUAUAGACAGGUAAUAAUACAUUAUCAUGGUAUAGACGGGUAAAAAUACAUUAUUAUGGUAAAGACAGGUAAUAAUACAUUAUCAUGGUAUGGACAGGUAAUAAUACAUUAUCAUGGUAUGGACAGGUAAUACAUUAUCAUGGUAUAGACAGGUAAUAAUACAUUAUCAUGGUAUAGACAGGUAAUAAUACAUUAUCAUGGUAUAGACGUGUAAUAAUACAUUAUUAUGGUAUAGACGGGUAAUAAUACAUUAUCAUGGUAUGGACGGGUAAUAAUACAUUAUUGUGGUAUAGACAGGUAAUAAUACAUUAUCGUGGUAUAGACAGGUAAUAAUACAUUAUCGUGGUAUAGACAUGUAAUUAUACAUUAUCAUGGUAUAGACGGGUAAUAAUACAUUAUCAUGAUAUAGACCGGUAAUAAUACAUUAUCAUGUUAUAGACAGGUAAUAAUACAUUAUCAUGGUAUAGACAGGUAAUAAUACAUUAUCAUGGUAUAGACAGGUAAUAAUACACUAUCAUGGUAUAGACAGGUAAUAAUACAUUAUCAUGGUAUAGACCGGUAAUAAUACAUUAUCAUGGUAUAGACAGGUAAUAAUACAUUAUCAUGGUAUAGACAGGUAAUAAUACAUUAUCAUGGUAUAGACAGGUAAUAAUACACUAUCAUGGUAUAGACAGGUAAUAAUACACUAUCAUGGUAUAGACAGGUAAUAAUACAUUAUCAUGGUAUUAUGGACAGGUAAUAAUACAUUAUCAUGGUAUAGACAGGUAAUAAUACAUUAUCACGGUAUAGACAGGUAAUAAUACAUUAUCAUGGUAUAGACAGGUAAUAAUACAUUAUCAUGGUAUAGACAGGUAAUAAUACACUAUCAUGGUAUAGACAGGUAAUAAUACACUUUAUGGUAUAGACAGGUAAUAAUACAUUAUCAUGGUAUAGACAGGUAAUAAUACACUAUCAUGGUAUAGACAGGUAAUAAUACAUUAUCAUGGUAUAGACAGGUAAUAAUACACUAUCGUGGUAUAGACAGGUAAUAAUACAUUAUCAUGGUAUAGAAAGGUAAUAAUACAUUAUGGUAUUAUGGACAGGUAAUAAUACAUUAUCGUGGUAUAGACAGGUAAUAAUACAUUAUCAUGGUAUAAACAGGUAAGAAUACAUUAUCAUGGUAUUUUGGACAGGUAAUAAUACAUUAUCAUGGUAUAGACAGGUAAUAAUACAUUAUCAUGGUAUUAUGGACAGGUAAUAAUACAUUAUUAUGGUAUUAUGGACAGGUAAUAAUACAUUAUUAUGGUAUUAUGGACAGGUAAUAAUACAUUAUUAUGGUAUUAUGGACAGGUAAAACAUAAACUAAUACUAAAGAUGCCGAUUGAUUGGUUGUUGAUGUUAUUGAAGGUGGUGGAGGUUCCAGACCUAACUGUUGAUGAUGAUGUUAUUGAAGGUGGUGGAGGUUCCAGACCUAACUGUUGAUGAUGAUGUUAUUGAAGGUGGUGGAGGAUCCAGACCUAACUGUUGAUAAUGAUGUUAUUGAAGGUGGUGGAGGAUCCAGACCUAACUGUUGAUGAUGAUGUUAUUGAAGGUGGUGGAGGAGGUGGUGGUGGAGGAGGAGGUGGUGGAGGUUCCAGACCUAACUGUUGAUGAUGAUGUUAUUGAAGGUGGUGGAGGAGGUGGUGGUGGAGGAGGAGGUGGUGGAGGAUCCAGACCUAACUGUUGAUGAUGAUGUUAUUGAAGGUGGUGGAGGAGGAGGUGGUGGAGGAUCCAGACCUAACUGUUGAUGAUGAUGUUAUUGAAGGUGGUGGUGGAGGAGGAGGUGGUGGAGGAGGAGGUGGUGGAGGAUCCAGACCUAACUGUUGAUAAUGAUGUUAUUGAAGGUGGUGGAGGAUCCAGACCUAACUGUUGAUGAUGAUGUUAUUGAAGGUGGUGGAGGUUCCAGACCUAACUGUUGAUAAUGAUGUUAUUGAAGGUGGUGGAGGUUCCAGACCUAACUGUUGAUGAUGAUGUUAUUGAAGGUGGUGGUGGAGGAGGAGGUGGUGGAGGUUCCAGACCUGACGGCUGAGGUGGAGAAGACAGUGUCCCAGCAGGCCAUCCAGCUGCUGGGGAAGGAGAUGAGAGGGAAGGGCAUCCCUGUGCCUUCACCCUGCCAGCCUGGUCCCCAACCUGAGACAGCCCUAACCCACACACUACACAUGGAACGACUUCUCACUCCAAACCUAGUACUACUCCAGGAACCAUCGCUACUCCUAGACCCCUCUCUCAGCCCAACCCUGGCCCAGGAACCAUCGCUACUCCUAGAUCCCUCUCUCAGCCCAGCCCUGGCCCAGGAACCAUCGCUACUCCUAGACCCCUCUCUCAGCCCAGCCCUGGCCCAGGAACCAUCGCUACUCCUAGACCCCUCUCUCAGCCCAGCCCUGGCCCACCACCGAGUUCUGUGGAGCAACCAGGAGCUGGACCCUCUGUGGCAGCGGCAGAACAGGGUGGCAGCCUCCCUACUGAAGCCUCUGCAGCCGGGGAAACGAUUGCUGAGCUACAGCGACUCAGCCCUGUAUAAGCUAGACCCCAGACGAGACCCGGACCGGGAGCAGAACCAGGUCUGGAGCAUCCCUCGCUGCAGCCCUCUGACCCAGCCCCAGCACCACCUAGCCUUAGCCUGGGAUUCCCCCAGGUCCCCUAGCCUCCCUCCACAGCACCACCCCUUCUCCGUGGGAGAGCAGACGAGGGAGGAAAGGCGAGGAGGACAGGACAGGAGUUCUGAGGAGAAGGAUCACCACCUGACCCAGAAGAACACGUCUCCUCUGUUCCAGAGGCGGGCGCAGCUCUGUGAGGGCAAGCGAAGUCUGUCCUUUGGGUUUGGGGAUAGUCUGUCCAAGCCUUUAGGAGAAGAGCUGUCAGAGGGGAGGCCGUGGAGAGGAGAUAUGCCUGUGAUGAGCCCUACAGGAGGAGAGGAAUCUGUGUGUGGGAUAGACAGGGCUGGAGACAGGGCUGGAGACAGAGAGGAACGGGAGGACAGAGAGGAACGGGAGGACAGAGAGAACGGAGAGGACAGGGAGAGGCUGACAGAACGCCCUGUCAUCACCCUGUAUGCUGAGCUGUCCCUGGAAGCUAGACGUUUGCUGGUGGCCAGAGCUCUGGCUUUUGGCCUGAAGGAUGAAGAUCUCCGCUACAAGGUCUCAGUGUGGCAGGUAAGACAUGACAGUUCGACUGAUGUGUGUAUAUAGUGGGAAGAUAUCGGAGGAUAUGACUGAUGUGUAUAUAUAGUGGGAAGAUAUCGGAGGAUAUGACUGAUGUGUGUAUAUAGUGGGAAGAUAUCGGAGGAUAUGACUGAUGUGUAUAUAUAGUGGGAAGAUAUCGGAGGAUAUGACUGAUGUGUGUAUAUAGUGGGAAGAUAUCGGAGGAUAUGACUGAUGUGUAUAUAUAGUGGGAAGAUAUCGGAGGAUAUGACUGAUGUGUGUGUAUAUAGUGGGAAGAUAUCGGAGGAUAUGACUGAUGUGUGUAUAUAGUGGGAAGAUAUCGGAGGAUAUGACUGAUGUGUGUAUAUAGUGGGAAGAUAUCGGAGGAUAUGACUGAUGUGUGUAUAUAGUGGGAAGAUAUCGGAGGAUAUGACUGAUGUGUAUAUAUAGUGGGAAGAUAUCGGAGGAUAUGACUGAUGUGUGUAUAUAGUGGGAAGAUAUCGGAGGAUAUGACUGAUGUGUGUAUAUAGUGGGAAGAUAUCGGAGGAUAUGACUGAUGUGUGUAUAUAGUGGGAAGAUAUCGGAGGAUAUGACUGAUGUGUGUAUAUAGUGGGAAGAUAUCGGAGGAUAUGACUGAUGUGUAUAUAUAGUGGGAAGAUAUCGGAGGAUAUGACUGAUGUGUGUAUAUAGUGGGAAGAUAUCGGAGGAUAUGUGCACCCAGCUGUAUCUAGUUUUUUUUGUAACUCUUUAUUUGAGUUUCACAUUCAGGGUUACAUUGUGAUUGGUGUUGACCAGACCUGGGGUUACAUUGUGAUUGGUGUUGACCAAGACCUGGGUUACAUUGUGAUUGGUGUUCACCAGACCUGGGGUCAAAUACUAUUUGAAAUCUUUAAAAAUACUUUCAGCGUUUGCUUUAGCCUGCCUGGAGCGCUAGCUUGGCAGGGUUUGAAUUUGUGGGACUUUUCUAUUGGUUCCAUUGCAACAGGCAGCUCAAUCAAACACAGAUCAAGUAUUUGAACCCAGGUCUGAUGUAGACUACUGAAACAUUAGUGUGUGGUCCUGCAGACAGAGCUGAACUCCAGAGAAGGCGCCUGGGAGAGGCUGAGUCUAGAGAGAGACCCUAUGGUGCUGGCUGGUCUCAUGUGGUCCUGGCUGGAGCAGCUCAAAGAGCCAAUCAUCUCCUCUCAGGAUGUCCAGGCCCUGUGCCAAAACAACUACAACUCUCAGCAUGCACUCAACUCUCUGGAGAAGGUAUGAUGAUGUCAUAUACAGUGCCUUCGGAAAGUAUUCAGACCCCUUGACUUUUUCCAUAUUUUGUUACGUUACAGCCUUAUUCUAAAAUGGAUUAAAUAAAUAAAAAUCCUCAGCAAUCUACACACAAUACCCCAUAAUGACAAAGCAAAAACAGGUUUGUAGAAUUUUUUGUAAAUGUAUUAAAAAUUAAAAACAGAAAUACCUUAUUUACAUAAGUAUUUAGACCCUUUGCUAUGAGACUCUAAAUUGAGCUCAGGUGCAUCCUGUUUCCAUUGAUCAUCCUUGAGAUGUUUCUACAAUUUGAUUGGACAUGAUUUGGAAAGGCACACACCUGUCUAUAUAAGGUCCCACAGUUGACUGUGCAUGUCAGAGCAAAAACCAAGCCAUCAGGUCGAAGGAAUUGUCCGUAGAGCUCCGAGACAGGAUUGUGUCGAGGCACAGAUCUGGGGAAGGGUACCAAAAAAUGACUGCAACAUUGAAGGUCCCCAAGAACACAGUGGCCUUCAUCAUUCUUAAAGGGAAUAAGUUUGGAACCACCAAGACUCUUCCUAGAGCUGGCUGCCCGGCCAAACUGAGCAAUUGGGUGACCAAGAUCCCGAUGGUCACUCUGACAGAGCUCCAGAGUUCCUCUGUGGAGAUGGGAGAACCUUCCAGAACCUCUGCAGCACUCCACCAAUCAGGCCUUUAUGGUAGAGUGGCCAGACGGAAGCCACUCCUCAGUAAAAGGCACAGGACAGCCCGCUUGGAGUUUGCCAAAAGGCUCCUAAAGGACUCUCAGACCAUGAGAAACAAGACUCUCUGAUCUGAUGAAAACAAGAUUGAACUCUUUGGCCUGAAUGCCAAACGUCACGUCUGGAGGAAACCUGACACCAUCCCUACGGUGAAGCAUGGUGGUGGCAGCAUCAUGCUGUGGGGAUGUUUUUCAGCGGCAGGGACUGGGAGACUAGACAGGAUCGAGGGAAAGAUGAACGGAGCAAAGUACAGAGAGAUCCUUGAUGAAAACCUGCUCCAGAGCGCUCAGGACCUCAGACUGGGGCGAAGGAUCACCUUCCAACAGGACAACAACCCUAAGCACACAGCCAAGACAAUGCAGGAGUGUAUAUUAUGUGUAUAAUAUAUAUAUAUAUAUAUAUAUAUACAGUGGGGGAAAAAAGUAUUUAGUCAGCCACCAAUUGUGCAAGUUCUCCCACUUAAAAAGAUGAGAGAGGCCUGUAAUUUUCAUCAUAGGUACACGUCAACUAUGACAGACAAAAUGAGAAAAGAAAAUCCAGAAAAUCACAUUGUAGGAUUUUUUAUGCAUUUAUUUGCAAAUUAUGGUGGAAAAUAAGUAUUUGGUCACCUACAAACAAGCAAGAUUUCUGGCUCUCACAGACCUGUAACUUCUUCUUUAAGAGGCUCCUCUGUCCUCCACUCGUUACCUGUAUUAAUGGCACCUGUUUGAACUUGUUAUCAGUAUAAAAGACACCUGUCCACAACCUCAAACAGUCACACUCCAAACUCCACUAUGGCCAAGACCAAAGAGCUGUCAAAGGACACCAGAAACAAAAUUGUAGACCUGCACCAGGCUGGGAAGACUGAAUCUGCAAUAGGUAAGCAGCUUGGUUUGAAGAAAUCAACUGUGGGAGCAAGUAUUAGGAAAUGGAAGACAUACAAGACCACUGGUAAUCUCCCUCGAUCUGGGGCUCCACGCAAGAUCUCACCCCGUGGGGUCAAAAUGAUCACAAGAACGGUGAGCAAAAGUCCCAGAACCACACAGGGGGACCUAGUGAAUGACCUGCAGAGAGCUGGGACCAAAGUAACAAAGCCUACCAUCAGUAACACACUACGCCGCCAGGGACUCAAAUCCUGCAGUGCCAGACGUGUCCCCCUGCUUAAGCCAGUACAUGUCCAGGCCCGUCUGAAGUUUGCUAGAGUGCAUUUGGAUGAUCCAGAAGAGGAUUGGGAGAAUGUCAUAUGGUCAGAUGAAACCAAAAUAUAACUUUUUGGUAAAAACUCAACUCGUCGUGUUUGGAGGACAAAGAAUGCUGAGUUGCAUCCAAACACCAUACAUACUGUGAAGCAUGGGGGUGGAAACAUCAUGCUUUGGGGCUGUUUUUCUGCAAAGGGACCAGUACGACUGAUCCGUGUAAAGGAAAGAAUGAAUGGGGCCAUGUAUCGUGAGAUUUUGAGUGAAAACCUCCUUCCAUCAGCAAGGGCAUUGAAGAUGAAACGUGGCUGGGUCUUUCAGCAUGACAAUGAUCCCAAACACACCGCCCGGGCAACGAAGGAGUGGCUUCGUAAGAAGCAUUUCAAGGUCCUGGAGUGGCCUAGCCAGUCUCCAGAUCUCAACCCCAUAGAAAAUCUUUGGAGGGAGUUGAAAGUCUGUGUUGCCCAGCGACAGCCCCAAAACAUCACUGCUCUAGAGGAGAUCUGCAUGGAGGAAUGGGCCAAAAUACCAGCAACACUGUGUGAAAACCUUGUGAAGACUUACAGAAAACGUUUGACCUGUGUCAUUGCCAACAAAGGGUAUAUAACAAAGUAUUGAGAAACUUUUGUUAUUGACCAAAUACUUAUUUUCCACCAUAAUUUGCAAAUAAAUUCAUAAAAAAUCCUACAAUGUGAUUUUCUGGAGAAAAAAAAUCUCAUUUUGUCUGUCAUAUUUGACGAGUACCUAUGAUGAAAAUUACAGGCCUCUCUCAUCUUUUUAAGUGGGAGAACAUACACAAUUGGUGGCUGACUAAAUACUUUUUUUCCCCACUGUAUAUAUAUUUGUUACAAUUUCUAAAAAACAGUUUUUGUUUUGUCAUUAUGGAUUAUUGUGUGUAGAUUGAUGAGGGAAAAAAACUAUUUAAUCAAUUUUAGAAUAAGGCUGUAACGUAACAAAAUGUGGAAAAAGUCAAGGAGUCUGAAUACUUUACGAAGGCACUGUAGAAGAAGGGAGAAGGCAAUACUGUUAUACCAUAAAACCAAUAUUGUUAUGUCGAUUAUACCGGCUACUAUGGGUUAUCACAUGGUUACUAUGGGUUAUCACAUGGUUACUAUGGGUUAUCACAUGGUUACUAUGGGUUAUCACAUGGUUACUAUGGGUUAUCACUUGGUUACUAUGGGUUAUCACGUAGUUAAUAUGGGUUAUCAUGUUGUUAAUAUGGGUUAUCACGUAGUUAAUAUGGGUUAUCACGUAGUUAAUAUGGGUUAUCACGUUGUUAAUAUGGGUUAUCACACAACCAGUAAAAUAAAUAAGAAAUGAUAUAUGCUAUGCCAUUUAGCCGAUUUGGGAGGAUUGUAAUAUAUAAUCAUUAUAGAAUAUAACAAUGGAUGCCAUUUAGCAGACUUUUAUCCAAAAUGAUUUAGUCAUGCGUGCAUACAUUUAACAUAUUGGUGGUCCCAGGAAUCGAACCCACUACCCUGGUGUUACAAGCGCCAUGCUCUACCAACUGAGCUACAAAGGACAAGGUUAUUGUGUGGUUAAGGUAACCUUUCGACUAUUCCUUCCUCCCCAGGUCACGUGAUAUAUAAUACAAUUAUAGGUAGGGUUGAAAGAUUCCAGUAACUUUCCCAAAUUCUUUGAUUUUUCAGAAAGUCCCAGAAUCAGGAGGGAAAUAAACAGGAAAUCCAGAAUCCUCCAUCCUGGGAAGAGUUUUGCAACCCUAAUUCUAGGUCUGUUGUUGAUUGUCCUCCUCCAGAGCCACAGACUAACCCUGCUCUGCAUCCUGGACUGUGCUGCCCAUCUGCUGGCCUUACCUGACAAGGUGGAAGCUGACUUCCUCCAUCACACCAUCAAGGUCUUCACUAAGGUAAGGGUUAGGGUUAGAGUACUGGACAGCAAGGGCAGGUGAACAACUAGCCCUGUUAUUCAGAAUGAGAAAGCCAUGUUCAGGCUCUGAUCAGCCCCUACACCCAAACGAGGGCAUUGCGUUCAUCCACCUCUGGCCUGCUGGCUCCCCUUCCUCUGCGGAAGCAUAGUUCCCUCUCAGCCCAGUCAAAACUGUUCGCUGCUCUGGCACCCCAAUGGUGGAACAAGCUCCCUCACGACGCCAGGACAGCGGAGUCACUGACCACCUUCCGGAGACACUUGAAACCCCACCUCUUUAAGGAAUACCUGGGAUAGGAUAAAGUAAUCAUUCUACCCCCCCUUACCCCACCCCACCCCAAAAACAAUUAUUAUUGUAAAGUGGUUAUCCCACUGGCUAUAAGGUGAAUGCACCAAUUUGUAAGUCACUCUGGAUAAGAGCGUCUGGCUAAAUGAUGUAAAUGUAAAUGUGGUUAUGUCCCAAAUGGCACCCUAUUUUCUAAAUAGUGCACUACUUUGGCCAGAGCACAGAGCCCUAUGGCUCCUGGUCUUUAAGGUACACUACAUAGGGAACAGAUCCAUUACUAGCAUUGGUGUGAUGCAGUGUGUUCCCUCCCCCAGAUCCCCUCAGAGAGUGACCAUGUUCUACAUGUCUUAUCCCCCAGAUCCCCUCCUCCUCAGAGUGACCAUGUUCUAUAUGUCUUAUCCCCCAGAUCCCCUCCUCCUCAGAGUGACCAUGUUCUACAUGUCUUAUCCCCCAGAUCCCCUCCUCCUCAGAGUGACCAUGUUCUAUUUGUGUUAUCCCCCAGAUAUCCCCAGAGAGUGACCAUGUUCUAUAUGUCUUAUCCCCCAGAUAUCCCCAGAGAGUGACCAUGUUCUAUAUGUCUUAUCCCCCAGAUAUCCCCAGAGAGUGACCAUGUUCUAUAUGUCUUAUCCCCCAGAUAUCCCCAGAGAGUGACCAUGUUCUAUAUGUCUUAUCCCCCAGAUAUCCCCAGAGAGUGACCAUGUUCUAUAUGUCUUAUCCCCCAGAUCCCCUCAGAGAGUGACCAUGUUCUAUAUGUCUUAUCCCCCAGAUAUCCCCAGAGAGUGACCAUGUUCUAUAUGUCUUAUCCCCCAGAUCCCCUCAGAGAGUGACCAUGUUCUAUUUGUCUUAUCCCCCAGAUAUCCCCAGAGAGUGACCAUGUUCUAUAUGUCUUAUCCCCCAGAUAUCCCCAGAGAGUGACCAUGUUCUAUUUGUGUUAUCCCCCCAGAUAUCCCCAGAGAGUGACCAUGUUCUAUAUGUCUUAUCCCCCAGAUAUCCCCAGAAAGUGACCAUGUUCUAUAUGUCUUAUCCCCCAGAUAUCCCCAGAGAGUGACCAUGUUCUAUAUGUCUUAUCCCCCAGAUAUCCCCAGAGAGUGACCAUGUUCUAUAUGUCUUAUCCCCCAGAUAUCCCCAGAGAGUGACCAUGUUCUAUAUGUCUUAUCCCCCAGAUAUCCCCAGAGAGUGACCAUGUUCUAUAUGUCUUAUCCCCCAGAUCCCCUCAGAGAGUGACCAUGUUCUAUAUGUCUUAUCCCCCAGAUAUCCCCAGAGAGUGACCAUGUUCUAUAUGUCUUAUCCCCCAGAUCCCCUCAGAGAGUGACCAUGUUCUAUUUGUCUUAUCCCCCAGAUAUCCCCAGAGAGUGACCAUGUUCUAUAUGUCUUAUCCCCCAGAUAUCCCCAGAGAGUGACCAUGUUCUAUUUGUGUUAUCCCCCAGAUAUCCCCAGAGAGUGACCAUGUUCUAUUUGUGUUAUCCCCCAACUAUCCCCAGAGAGUGACCAUGUUCUAUUUGUCUUAUCCUCCAGAUAUCCCCAGAGAGUGACCAUGUUCUAUAUGUCUUAUCCCCCAGAUAUCCCCAGAGAGUGACCAUGUUCUAUAUGUCUUAUCCCCCAGAUAUCCCCAGAGAGUGACCAUGUUCUAUAUGUCUUAUCCCCCAGAUAUCCCCAGAGAGUGACCAUGUUCUAUUUGUGUUAUCCCCCAGAUAUCCCCAGAGAGUGACCAUGUUCUAUUUGUGUUAUCCCCCAGAUAUCCCCAGAGAGUGACCAUGUUCUAUUUGUGUUAUCCCCCAGAUAUCCCCAGAGAGUGACCAUGUUCUAUUUGUGUUAUCCCCCAGAUAUCCCCAGAGAGUGACCAUGUUCUAUUUGUCUUAUCCUCCAGAUAUCCCCAGAGAGUGACCAUGUUCUAUUUGUGUUAUCCCCCAGAUAUCCCCAGAGAGUGACCAUGUUCUAUUUGUCUUAUCCUCCAGAUAUCCCCAGAGAGUGACCAUGUUCUAUAUGUCUUAUCCCCCAGAUAUCCCCAGAGAGUGACCAUGUUCUAUAUGUCUUAUCCCCCAGAUAUCCCCAGAGAGUGACCAUGUUCUAUAUGUCUUAUCCCCCAGAUAUCCCCAGAGAGUGACCAUGUUCUAUUUGUGUUAUCCCCCAGAUAUCCCCAGAGAGUGACCAUGUUCUAUUUGUGUUAUCCCCCAGAUAUCCCCAGAGAGUGACCAUGUUCUAUUUGUGUUAUCCCCCAGAUAUCCCCAGAGAGUGACCAUGUUCUAUUUGUGUUAUCCCCCAGAUAUCCCCAGAGAGUGACCAUGUUCUAUUUGUCUUAUCCUCCAGAUAUCCCCAGAGAGUGACCAUGUUCUAUUUGUGUUAUCCCCCAGAUAUCCCCAGAGAGUGACCAUGUUCUAUAUGUCUUAUCCCCCAGAUCCCCUCAGAGAGUGACCAUGUUCUAUAUGUCUUAUCCCCCAGAUCCCCUCCUCCUCAGAGAGUGACCAUGUUCUAUAUGUCUUAUCCCCCAGAUAUCCCCAGAGAGUGACCAUGUUCUAUUUGUGUUAUCCCCCAGAUAUCCCCAGAGAGUGACCAUGUUCUAUAUGUCUUAUCCCCCAGAUAUCCCCAGAGAGUGACCAUGUUCUAUAUGUCUUAUCCCCCAGAUAUCCCCAGAGAGUGACCAUGUUCUAUAUAUCUUAUCCCCCAGAUCCCCUCAGAGAGUGACCAUGUUCUAUAUGUCUUAUCCCCCAGAUCCCCUCAGAGAGUGACCAUGUUCUAUAUGUCUUAUCCCCCAGAUAUCCCCAGAGAGUGACCAUGUUCUAUAUGUCUUAUCCCCCAGAUAUCCCCAGAGAGUGACCAUGUUCUAUUUGUGUUAUCCCCCAGAUAUCCCCAGAGAGUGACCAUGUUCUAUUUGUGUUAUCCCCCAGAUAUCCCCAGAGAGUGACCAUGUUCUAUUUGUGUUAUCCCCCAGAUAUCCCCAGAGAGUGACCAUGUUAUAUUUGUGUUAUCCCCCAGAUAUCCCCAGAGAGUGACCAUGUUCUAUUUGUCUUAUCCUCCAGAUAUCCCCAGAGAGUGACCAUGUUCUAUUUGUGUUAUCCCCCAGAUAUCCCCAGAGAGUGACCAUGUUCUAUAUGUCUUAUCCCCCAGAUCCCCUCAGAGAGUGACCAUGUUCUAUAUGUCUUAUCCCCCAGAUCCCCUCCUCCUCAGAGAGUGACCAUGUUCUAUAUGUCUUAUCCCCCAGAUAUCCCCAGAGAGUGACCAUGUUCUAUUUGUGUUAUCCCCCAGAUAUCCCCAGAGAGUGACCAUGUUCUAUAUGUCUUAUCCCCCAGAUAUCCCCAGAGAGUGACCAUGUUCUAUAUGUCUUAUCCCCCAGAUAUCCCCAGAGAGUGACCAUGUUCUAUAUGUCUUAUCCCCCAGAUCCCCUCAGAGAGUGACCAUGUUCUAUAUGUCUUAUCCCCCAGAUCCCCUCAGAGAGUGACCAUGUUCUAUAUGUCUUAUCCCCCAGAUAUCCCCAGAGAGUGACCAUGUUCUAUAUGUCUUAUCCCCCAGAUCCCCUCAGAGAGUGACCAUGUUCUAUAUGUCUUAUCCCCCAGAUCCCCUCAGAGAGUGACCAUGUUCUAUAUGUCUUAUCCCCCAGAUCCCCAGAGAGUGACCAUGUUCUAUAUGUCUUAUCCCCCAGAUAUCCCCAGAGAGUGACCAUGUUCUAUAUGUCUUAUCCCCCAGAUCCCCUCAGAGAGUGACCAUGUUCUAUUUGUCUUAUCCCCCAGAUAUCCCCAGAGAGUGACCAUGUUCUAUAUGUCUUAUCCCCCAGAUAUCACCAGAGAGUGACCAUGUUCUAUUUGUGUUAUCCCCCAGAUAUCCCCAGAGAGUGACCAUGUUCUAUUUGUGUUAUCCCCCAGAUAUCCCCAGAGAGUGACCAUGUUCUAUUUGUGUUAUCCCCCAGAUAUCCCCAGAGAGUGACCAUGUUCUAUAUGUCUUAUCCCCCAGAUAUCCCCAGAGAGUGACCAUGUUCUAUUUGUGUUAUCCCCCAGAUAUCCCCAGAGAGUGACCAUGUUCUAUUUGUAUUAUCCCCCAGAUAUCCCCAGAGAGUGACCAUGUUCUAUUUGUGUUAUCCCCCAGAUAUCCCCAGAGAGUGACCAUGUUCUAUUUGUGUUAUCCCCCAGAUAUCCCCAGAGAGUGACCAUGUUCUAUUUGUCUUAUCCUCCAGAUAUCCCCAGAGAGUGACCAUGUUCUAUUUGUGUUAUCCCCCAGAUAUCCCCAGAGAGUGACCAUGUUCUAUUUGUGUUAUCCCCCAGAUAUCCCCAGAGAGUGACCAUGUUCUAUUUGUCUUAUCCUCCAGAUAUCCCCAGAGAGUGACCAUGUUCUAUAUGUCUUAUCCCCCAGAUCCCCUCAGAGAGUGACCAUGUUCUAUUUGUCUUAUCCCCCAGAUAUCCCCAGAGAGUGACCAUGUUCUAUAUGUCUUAUCCCCCAGAUCCCCUCAGAGAGUGACCAUGUUCUAUAUGUCUUAUCCCCCAGAUAUCCCCAGAGAGUGACCAUGUUCUAUAUGUCUUAUCCCCCAGAUAUCCCCAGAGAGUGACCAUGUUCUAUAUGUCUUAUCCCCCAGAUAUCCCCAGAGAGUGACCAUGUUCUAUUUGUCUUAUCCCCCAGAUAUCCCCAGAGAGUGACCAUGUUCUAUUUGUCUUAUCCUCCAGAUAUCCCCAGAGAGUGACCAUGUUCUAUAUGUCUUAUCCCCCAGAUAUCCCCAGAGAGUGACCAUGUUCUAUUUGUGUUAUCCUCCAGAUAUCCCCAGAGAGUGACCAUGUUCUAUAUAUCUUAUCCCCCAGAUAUCCCCAGAGAGUGACCAUGUUCUAUAUGUCUUAUCCCCCAGAUCCCCUCAGAGAGUGACCAUGUUCUAUAUGUCUUAUCCCCCAGAUCCCCUCCUCCUCAGAGAGUGACCAUGUUCUAUAUGUCUUAUCCCCCAUAUAUCCCCAGAGAGUGACCAUGUUCUAUUUGUCUUAUCCUCCAGAUAUCCCCAGAGAGUGACCAUGUUCUAUUUGUGUUAUCCCCCAGAUAUCCCCAGAGAGUGACCAUGUUCUAUUUGUGUUAUCCCCCAGAUAUCCCCAGAGAGUGACCAUGUUCUAUUUGUCUUAUCCUCCAGAUAUCCCCAGAGAGUGACCAUGUUCUAUAUGUCUUAUCCCCCAGAUCCCCUCAGAGAGUGACCAUGUUCUAUUUGUCUUAUCCCCCAGAUAUCCCCAGAGAGUGACCAUGUUCUAUAUGUCUUAUCCCCCAGAUCCCCUCAGAGAGUGACCAUGUUCUAUAUGUCUUAUCCCCCAGAUAUCCCCAGAGAGUGACCAUGUUCUAUAUGUCUUAUCCCCCAGAUAUCCCCAGAGAGUGACCAUGUUCUAUUUGUCUUAUCCCCCAGAUAUCCCCAGAGAGUGACCAUGUUCUAUAUGUCUUAUCCCCCAGAUAUCCCCAGAGAGUGACCAUGUUCUAUUUGUCUUAUCCCCCAGAUAUCCACAGAGAGUGACCAUGUUCUAUUUGUGUUAUCAUCCAGAUAUCCCCAGAGAGUGACCAUGUUCUAUAUGUCUUAUCCCCCAGAUAUCCCCAGAGAGUGACCAUGUUCUAUAUGUCUUAUCCCCCAGAUAUCCCCAGAGAGUGACCAUGUUCUAUUUGUGUUAUCCCCCAGAUAUCCCCAGAGAGUGACCAUGUUCUAUAUGUCUUAUCCCCCAGAUAUCCCCAGAGAGUGACCAUGUUCUAUAUGUCUUAUCCCCCAGAUAUCCCCAGAGAGUGACCAUGUUCUAUAUGUCUUAUCCCCCAGAUCCCCUCAGAGAGUGACCAUGUUCUAUUUGUCUUAUCCCCCAGAUAUCCCCAGAGAGUGACCAUGUUCUAUAUGUCUUAUCCCCCAGAUAUCCCCAGAGAGUGACCAUGUUCUAUAUGUCUUAUCCCCCAGAUAUCCCCAGAGAGUGACCAUGUUCUAUAUGUCUUAUCCCCCAGAUCCCCUCAGAGAGUGACCAUGUUCUAUUUGUCUUAUCCCCCAGAUAUCCCCAGAGAGUGGCCAUGUUCUAUAUGUCUUAUCCCCCAGAUAUCCCCAGAGAGUGACCAUGUUCUAUAUGUCUUAUCCCCCAGAUAUCCCCAGAGAGUGACCAUGUUCUAUAUGUCUUAUCCCCCAGAUAUCCCCAGAGAGUGACCAUGUUCUACACCAGACACUGAUAGCCAUCCUGACUCCCGUCCUGCACCAGCUGAGAGAGAGAGCAGAGGGGGAGAUGGAGACUACCAACCACUCCUCCUGA